AACAGAGUUGACGUGGCCGGCGCAGUGACUACAUAAAAUAUACGCAUAUUUCAUCACGGCAGCGAUUUAAUUAUUGCUAUUUAAAGUAAGCAGCCAGUCACUCCGGCCGUAGUUUAUAAAUAGCCACUAGACCGUCCGUCCCGAAUCCGUAGACUUAGCAGCUAAUUUGGACGCAUUUCUGCUUACAGGCGGCAGUCGAAAAAAGCGAAAAUCCAAGAAGCGAAAAUCGAACGAAAAAGGGAAUUAAUAAAACAUUAAAAAUGAGUUUGGUGUGGACUUUGAUCGCCGGAUUUCUCUAUGCGGAAAUCGCACUGGUCCUUCUGCUGGUGCUGCCGGUGCUCACUCCUUACCGCUGGAACCGGUUCUUCAAGUCCAAAUUCCUAUCGAUGUUGGGACAACAGGCGCACAUAUAUUUCCUGCUGAUCAUGGGAAUUCUGGUCAUUUUCCUCCUGGAGGCCAUUCGCGAGAUGCGCAAGUACUCCGGCUUGCAGCAGUCUAACGAGGUCCACUUGAACGUGGAGAUGCAGCACAGCAUGAAGCUGUUCCGUGCCCAGCGGAACUUCUACAUCUCUGGAUUCGCCAUUUUCCUUGCCCUGGUCAUCCGGCGACUGGUAAACUUGAUCUGCACCCAGGCCAAUCUCAUGGCCCAGAGCGAGGCUUCCUUCAAGCAGGCACAGAGCGCCACUGCAGCCGCACGUUCCUUGCUGGAGAACAAGAACACCGAGAAGGCCAAGGAAGCCGGCGAGGAUACCACUCUCAUCGAGCUCAACAAGCUGCGCGAGCGCGUCCAGGAGCUAACCUCCGACUUGAAUCGCGAAAAGAAGGACAAGGAGGCGGUUAAGUCGCAGGCGGAGAGCAUCAACCGCGAGUACGACCGACUCACCGAGGAGUACAGCAAGCUGCAGAAGAAGAUAACCAUCGGCGGAGGCGGAAACAAGGAUGAUUAAACUCACUGGAGCCAAGUCCAACAUUUAAAUAACGAUAAGACUUAUAAGCAUGGCGGUGGGGCAGCGAAAGCAGGCACAUUUAAAAGAUUAUAACGAUUUCAAAUCGAUAGAAAGCACACACAUCUUAUUGUUAAUCCUCAUAGAUACAACUACAUAUACCAUUUGAUAAUGAUAAUGGGGUAUAUUGAUAAUGGUCCCUCAACUCAAUGUUCGUUUCGUCCGAAGUUUUGUAUUUAAUUCGUAUGUGUUAAGUUUUGUUUGCCACAGUAACACACCCAAAAAGCGUCGUGGCUAUUAAAAGAACAACCAAAAAGUACCCAUCCAGUUGUGAUCGAUUCGAUGAUUCAUCUGUUGGCGCGGAUAGUCCACAUCAUGUCUGAUAGUACACGGCAAUGACGUCAGACGUCGCAACCUGUUUGCAUACUUGGAGCUUAGAAAUCGGAGGCGUUACAUUAUCGGUGUGCGAAAAGGGCAUCGAAUAUGUUUCCUUGAUAAUUAC